AUGUCUCACCAAACUCUCGGCAACGAACAUGGAAGACAUCCUCAAGUGGAACUGGGAGAGUCUGGCUUUCUCACCCCCCCUCACCGACGCGACUCUGAGCCGAUUCCAAUGCGACAGUUUGAUUACGGCCGGACCUCCUAUGACAGUGCCGCAUUUAACGAGGAUAGACCGACACUCAAGGAUCGCCCCCGCGACACCCGCUCAAAACUUUCGGCAUCCAUGAUCUGGCGGAUGUGGUGGUUGGAGAUUCUCUGCAUAAUCUUCUGCGCCGCCAUUAUUUUUGGCAUCGUCGUCCUGCUACAAAAUUUCAAGGGCAAGCCUGUGUCGAGCUGGCCUCUGCCUGUCUCUAUCAACACCGCUCUUGCUAUCAUUUCAGCCGUUUUCAAAGCGUCUCUCUUACCCCCUUUGACUGAAGGUUUAAGCCAAUUAAAAUGGAUCUGGUUUAUGCGAAAAGAUACGGUUCUCUCGAAUUUCGAAGCAUUUGAUCAAGCGAGCAGGGACAUGACCGGCUGCUUACUGUUUCUGAAGAGGUGGCCUUUCUUCAAGGAGAAAUUUACGAUGAAGUUUCUUGCUCUGAUAGGGGCUGUAACCAUCCUUGCUAGCGUCGCGACUGAGGUCUUUACCCAGUCGACAGUUCAGUACGAGAGCUGCCAAUGGUUUAUAGUAGACGCACCCGCGUCGAUCCCCAAAGCCCACACUUUUGAUCCGGUCAUUGAUACUUUGAGGUCGGGGACUAAGACAACCGACAUGGACACCAAGCUUGCGAUAUAUAAAGGGUUGAUCAAUCCGCCACAAAAUAGCUCUGCGAGCAUGGCUGGCCAUAUUAAUUGCCUCACGGGGAACUGUACCUUUGUACAGGACAACGAUCGCGGUAGUUUUGCCACUCUGGGGAUAUGCCACUCCUGCCGGGACAUCACCGAUCAAUGCAAGAUGGACGUGGAACCCGGAAAAACCGGGACACUGUUUUAUUCCCUGGAGAGCGGGGCUGUCACCAAGGUGUUUCAGUCCGCGAGGAGUAUGGUCCAGCUGCUUCACAUGGUGGCUGUCGACACACCUUUGCCGACAUAUAUCGACGAUUACCCUAUGUUCACAGUCGAGACGAUCGUCAUAAACCCGAGGAACUGUACUGAAGCUGAGAAAAGCAGUCCGCGUUGCCAGGUUGGUCGAGGAACGUUGUGGGAACCAGCGGCAUCCUCAUGCUCGCUUUAUCCCUGUGUGAAGAACUACAACGCUAAUGUGGUCAACGGAACCUAUACGGAGAGGCAAGUCUUGGCACGAAACCUGAAGAAUACCUUAGCUCCAGCCAACAGUUCUGUCCCAAACUACUGGAUAACCACAGAUGAGGCUUUCCGCAAUGGUGCCUGGACAGCCUGCGGUGAAACCAGCGAGAGAACCGACGUCAACACGCAGGAGGUUUUCGCAUCAAACAAAACUAGUUGCCUGAUGAGUGAUUACGGCAGCUGCCAGGACGCCGAAACGCUUUGGUAUCCCCCCGAUUGUGUAUGGACGUUUCCCAGGUGGCAAAUUGCGCCCGCUGUCGCGGAUAACCUCAAGGAGAAAAUUGGGAAUCACACGCUGCUAGACUAUAAACGAAAUGUGGCUUACGAAGGGGAGCCCUAUAUGCAAAGACUGUAUCGCAGCGGCGGUACUCAUAUGGAGAACGUGAUGGAGUUCAUGGGGGGUAUCUCCGACUCCUUGACAGAGCGCAUCAGGACAAAAGGCCCAGAUUCUCCAGAGCUGCAGACUGUUCCAGGGAAAACAUUCCGAACGGAUACUUGCAUCAGUGUGCGCUUCGAGUGGCUGGCCUACUUGGGAGGUCUACUUUUCCUUGAAAUCGUCUUCCUCGUGUUUGUGAUUUACGUUGGGAAGCGUGAAGGAUUCUCAAUGGAUUGGAAAUCGUCAUCUUUAGCUGCUUUUUUUUACCCGAUUGACAGAGACAGUCCAGAGGAGGAAUUAUUGCGAAAGGAGAGUCUGGAAAAGACGGCGAAGGAGAUCAGUGUCUGUCUCUCGGAGAGGGAUGGCGCCUGGAAGUUCCACAAGAUGGAGUAG